CGCGCUGCCAUGCCCUGCCUGGCAUCCUUCCAGCCYGAGGCAGGGGCUCGUCCUCUGCCUCGGGAGAGAGCCGAGGCCCAAGCGCGACGGUUCCGGUGCCUAUGGCCCGUGCCAGCUGAACUCUGCCAGCCCUACAGGGAAGGCAGAGUCAAGGCUGGGCCUUGGCGUUCCCUUUGUCGCGGGUUUGUUCUGAGGACUGCAGAAACAGACCCGCAAGUGUUGGGAGGUGCAGGCUGUAGCUGCUUGUGUAUCUUGACAGAAAGCUUGCUUGACUGAGAAAUGAGUAUGAGCUGCGGCGUGGAUCCCUGGGCUCUCAGACCCAUCUUCACUGAGCCUGGCUUGGUUGAGGUUGUGUAAUGAGCAGGAGUGAAAAAGCUGCUGGAGAAAUUGCAGUUCAUAUACUGGAUUUCUGUGUGCCGAACAGUGUUUCCUGUUUUGGAGGACAAAUGCUUUUGUGAACUUCUGUGAUUUAUCCAGAUUCCCAAAUAUGACCUAUUUCUGUUUUAAUGCGGUUCGGAUUUUAAUUGGAUUUUUUUUCUUGUACUUUGCUUAUGUCUCUUCAACUUUAUUGUGUUGAUCUUAACACUAGUUCCGUUACUUAAUUUUCAUGUGUAGGGUUGAUUUUGUUAGGAAAUAAGUAAGAUAGCUGUGUAUCUUCCUUUAAAAAAUUGUUGUUUGGAAAUCCAUAAAAGCUGAAGAGUGUUCUUUUUGAAUAGGUUUGAGUUGCAAAAUUUGGCAAGUGUUGUGGUGUUAAGUAGCUGCUGUUCAGAGGGUGCGUGKUGGAUUUCAGCCAUGAUGGCCUCUGCUUCAGUGACCUUGAGUUUUAGUCUAGGUUUGAAAAUGGUUGAACGAAAUGUACUCUUUUCUUACAUGGUCUAGCAUAUCACAGUAUGAAAUAACUCUUUUUUAUUACUAAGUUUAAGCUUUUUAGUUUAGUAACAAAACUGCUGAAAUUGAAGUGAUGAAGCAUAACGUAUUCAAAGUUACAAGGYGAUGGUAAUUUGUAGUUGCUACAGAUUCUGGGGAAGGGGGAGUAGAYAGUUUAAUGUGGAAUAUACCUGCACCCUGGUAAGUUACUUAUACAGUUAAAAAGUUGCACCUGAAUGYGUUUUAAGUUGAGUAGCAAAUAUUUGUAUUCUGUUAUUAUUUUAAGGGAAAUCCAACUGAAUCUCUUUUUUUCUUAAGGGAUAUUUUUCCCCUGCAAGUUCUGUCAAAAUAUUUAGAAGUGCUGUAUGUUCAUGCACAUCCCAUUAUCUGAGUCGUCACACACCAGGUUUUGAUAAAAAGUCACGACAAGCAUGGUAUUUAUAAGGAAAGGAAAAUUUAAGGAGAAAUUUUUCUGUGUAAGGAAAAUUUAACAAAACGAAGAACCAAGCAACAUGGCAUUUUUAAGAGAGAAAUAACAGUUGCAGAAAAUAGGAUUUAACGACUGGACUUCAGGAGUCCCUGUCUAAGAAGCUUGUCAUUUCUUUGAGAAGAURCAAGUGAUUGAAAACACUGAAAGCAAGGCAGCAGUUUACAUCAGGAGAGGUUUCCAUGAGRGGAUUUCAGGUUAUGGAAAAGAAGCAAUAUUCUGUGCACAAAUCAACAAAAGUUCAUGUCAGKUAUCAUGUAGGAUCYGGUUUUUGUAUUUGGCACUUAAUGUGUAUCACUUUUGCAUACAAAAAUUAAAGUUCAUUACUUUCACAUAAUACUGUACAAAUACAGAAAGGUUCUUUUAGUGAAAUUAAGAUGUAAGGCUGCAAUACAACUGAUUUUCAGAGGUAUUUUAGUAUCUGCUUCUAAACCAGUUUCAUAUACUUCUCAUGGGGAAACCUGYGAUUGUUGAGCAGGUUUUUCUGUUACAGUUUUGUCAUAUGACCAGCAGUAGGGAUGUGGUCCCAGAGGUACAGAAGCUGUGUUUAGCCUUGAGGUUCUUGUUGCAGGAAGGGCGUGAACUGGAGGAAGUUUCUGGAUUCCAUUGAUGCUUGGYUGUACCACCAGUGUAGCUUUAAUAGCUCAUUGCUCAACUGAGUGAUGAAGCUGUAGGAAGACUCUGGAGUAAAGGGAACUUUCGACAUUUCAGCUCAAGAAGGCUCAUUGUGUGCUCAACAUUGCCUGAAUAAUUUGCUGCAAGGGGAAUACUUCAGUCCUGUUGAGUUAUCCUCUAUAGCUCAGCAGUUGGAUGAGGAAGAAAGGAUGAGAAUGGCAGAAGGAGGAGUAUCUAGUGAAGAAUACAGAACAUUUUUACAGCAGCCUUCUGUAAAUAUGGAUGAUAGUGGAUUCUUCUCAAUUCAAGUUAUAAGCAAUGCCUUGAAAGUGUGGGGUUUAGAACUAAUCCUCUUCAACAGCCCAGAGUACCAGAGACUUGGGAUCGAUCCUAUAAAUGAAAAGUCAUUUAUUUGUAAUUAUAAGGAACACUGGUUUACAGUUCGAAAGUUAGGAAAACAGUGGUUUAACUUGAACUCUCUCUUGAUGGGUCCAGAACUAAUAUCAGAUACAUAUCUUGCACUUUUCUUGGCUCAAUUACAACAGGAAGGUUAUUCCAUAUUUGUAGUAAAAGGUGACCUGCCAGACUGUGAGGCUGAUCAGCUACUGCAGAUGAUUAGGGUACAGCAGAUGCAGCGACCAAAACUAAUUGGAGAAGAGGCAGCACAGUCAAGAGAUCACAGGCUACCCAGAAGUGAUGUGGACCAAGCAAUAGAAGUUAACCAUCCUUUUGAUGGAACAGGCAUUUUAGACGAAGAUGAAGAGAAUUUUCAGAGAGCCCUGGCUCUAAGUAGGCAGGAAAUUGAUAUGGAGGAUGAAGAAGCUGAUCUUCGCAGAGCCAUUCAGCUCAGCAUGCAAGGUAGCCGUCGAAGUGAGCUCUCAGGCUCAUUAUCACAGAAUGUUCCUCAGUCGUCUCACAGCAGUCAGACAGACUCCCUUUCUUCAGAAGAGCUGCGAAGGAGAAGACAAGCAUACUUUGAAAAGCAGCAACAACAGCUACAGCAGCAAGAUCAGACCCCAAACCUACAGGAAAAGGCAACUCUUAGCUCAAGCGCCCCAGAAGCUGGCCCAGGAGGUGAUAUGAGCGAAGAAGACAUGCUUCAAGCAGCCAUGAAUAUGUCUCUGGAAUCUGUUAGAAACCACUUGAAUGCAGAAGAGGAGAAAUAACAUCAUUUUUUCCUCUCUUACUGUCAAAACGCUAAGUCUCCAUUAAAAUUCUACUCUGUGAAUGUUGCACAAGCAGGGUUCAUUUCAGAGUUCUGGAAGCAGGAAUGAAAGGGGGGCUGUGGGAUGUCAGUUUAAAGAGGAUCUGCAAAUAUGAAAAAGAUUGCACUAAUUUAUAAAACUGUAGCACUCCUACUACAAAACAUUGCUCCCGAGAGUAGUGGUGUUAAAAAUACUGAAACUAUUAACCCAAACAAAGUUAGACAAGGGUAGCAGCUGUAACUUGCAUUUAAGAAUAAGUUUAAAUUGUUUUGAACUAUUCGGUAGAAGAUAUAAAUGGUGCUGAAAACAGCAUCAACUGAUUUUCUUUACUACUAAUGGAAAAACAGAUACAAGUAAUAAGUUAYGCUCAUAAAUUCUUUAUAAUAGAUUCCUCUAAAAUGGGGAGAGUAAAUUCUGUUCAUCUUAAAUAAUUUAUUUUGGGRUUAUUAUGAAUGACUUAACGUCAACUUUUUUAUCCUGCUGUCCACUUUUGAAAUGAUCCAUUCUGCAGGAGAAAAAAGAAUCCAUAAAUUUCAUACUUUUCAAUUCAAGACAAAAUUUUCAGUGUAUUGUUGAUUAUAAUGUUACUCCUGAGUCUUUUAGUGAUUUCUGACUUUCUAACACUUUUCAGUUUUACUUCCAAUUCCAAUUGUAAAAUUUUAGUUUAACAUACAUUUUUAAUAUGCUGUCUUUUAGCAGAUAACUUGCCUUAUUUGGGGGUUUUUGAUGUUCUUGUUUGUUUUUAAUUAUUGCUUUCUUARGUUCUUUCUUGUUAAGCCACUGUCUUUUUACUACAAAAGUAGCAUAUACUCAGUUGGGUUGAACAGGUUUUCUUUUCUACCUCUUCCAGUGUCUUUUGCUCUUCAAGCUCAACCCUUCAUUCUGGCCUUUCRGUAUGAAAGAGCUGUAACUGAGUCUAGGAGGAAGUAGGAGGGGAUUUAGGUGCCAUAAAGUCAGUGCCACACAAAUAAGGUGCAUUCCUGCCAUCUGAAAUGACCCCUGUGCAAGUAGCUGUUUUAAGAAUGAGUAUUUAUGCCUGUGUGGAUGUACUUUCUGAAAUGCUUUCUAUGAGCGUCUGUCAGAAUGUUGCAGUUUUUUCAGAAAUGGCCUUUAUUCACGCACCUUACAAUUUUUUAUCAUGCUGUUUCUGAUCCUGAGAAAAAUUGGGGAGCAAAGUAUGUGAGAUAGCUUAUGCUAUUGGUUGUAAGACAUUUGCAUUGAUAUCUAUCUAGGAUGAAUGUGUAACAGGGUGACCAAGCCUGACUUUGAACUUCAGUGCAACAGAAGAGAGAUGUUUCGUUUGCCUAAAUGGUGCUUGAAAUACAAAUUCUGUUUACAUAUAAAUUAUAUGGAAAUAUGUUGUAGAUAGAGUAUAUAAGCUGUAGUCCAAUUAAAGCAUUAACAUUUAGCACAGGCAUUCUAAGAAUCUKUCAAAGAUAACCCCAAGUUUCUUUAUCAAAAUAUUCUGAAGUGACAUCUGUGCACAAUAGUAACAUUUAAUUAAAAUUACUAGCAAAUACACAUUCAGCAUCAAGUAGUACUGUCCAUGAAAGGGCUCUUACCUCUCAGUAAAGAUUUGUUUACAGCAAUGAUUUCCUGAUAGCUUAGGAUAUUAUUAUGUUAUACAUAAUUGGGCUUAAUUCUGCUUUUCUUAUCCAUGUACUGGAUUUUCACCAAUGUCACCAGAACCACUGGUAUGUAUAAGACAUGUCUUAAUGUGGAUUUUGACGUGAGACAGCACUACUUUUUAAAAACUGAUUUUUGUCUUGYUUUAAUAAUUCUGUCAUGCACAUUAUAAUUAUUUAUAAUGUCUCAAAUUAAUAUAGCUGAACAAUGACUUUAAAAGUCCUUGUGUGCAUAUGCUAUUUUGAAAUGUGAUAUUUUUCAGGAUUUGAUUUUUUGCUUGCAGUUUGAAAUUUCUGUUUYAUAGCAAGAAAGGUGUCUAAAAUGCUGAUUUUUUUUUUCUCAUCUGUCAAUUAACCACAGCUUAAUUUUCCUUGUUUUGUUGUGCCAUAAACUAAUUCUGAAAUAAGACUCAUUUUUAUAAAUAGGUGUAGACURGCAAUCUGAUGCCAGUACAUGGAACUCAAACUUUUUAUUCUUUAUUGUAAGAAUAUAAUUAAAAUGUAUUAUAGCUAUAGCUCUCACAGUAAUAAUCUCAGCCCUUUAAAUUGCAUCGACUGUAACCCAGGCCAACUGAAUGAUUUUAUAAUCACUAAAACAUGGAGGUUUGCCUUUGAACUUUGAUGUCACUGAAACUUCACGUCGUAAGUCAGUUCAUCACCCAAGUGUUUUUAAAUGGAAGGAAUAUKAAGUGUCAGUGCCUGAAAACCCAACUGAGUCAGUGAUCACAGGAGUAACCAUUUCCCUUUCUGUGUAGAAGCCUUGUCACUCAACAAAUACUAGUUUGAUUUUUAAAGAAAUGUCAAGUUGAAUGAUGUAGACAUAAGUGUCUAUAUAAGCAGUUACAAGAUUUAAGCUACAUCUGUUAAUUCAUGGGAUUGUGUCACUGGAAAAGACCUGCAAGAAUCCAACCAUUAACCCAGCCAAGUCCACGACUAAACGUCAUGUCCCUAAGCRUCCUACACCUCUUUUAAAUAGCUCCAGGGAGGGGACUCAGCCACUUGCUUGGGCAACCCUGUUCCAAUGGUGGACAACCCUUUCAGUGAAGAAAUACUCCCUGAAUCUCCGCUAGUGCAAACUGAGGCCAUUUCCUCUCAUCUUGUCACUUGUUACCUGGGAAAUGAGGCUGACACCUACCUCACUACAACCUCCUUUCAGGACUUGUAGGGAGUGACAGAGUCUCUAUUUGAACUGUACCUAAGGAAAAGACUAAUACUGAUUGCUGGCAGUACAUAUUUUAUAACCCAGGCCUCAAGUUCAAAAUGUGUGGACUUGACAAGAAGCUGUCAAUAAAACACUGAUGUCAUUUUUUGGCGUGCAUUCUUUCAGUGAUAAGUAGUUCUCAAUGUAGCUUAACCGUACUUCUAAGGUGUUUACUAAUGUAGAGCAUACUCCUGGUAUUAUCUACCCUCUCAAGUGGAWGGGUUGGGGAUUUUUUCCCUGUGUUACAGCUUUAGGCCGAAGUCCAGUGUGAGGGAGCAGACUUUGACUUUUUACUUUUUUUUUUUUAAUUACAGAAUAAUAUUUGAGGGAAUUUCAGACUUCAUUCAUCCAACAGGUUUUUAGUAUGAUCCAGUGAAUAGUCCAUGUGACAUAAUUUAUGGUUUUCUGCCACUAGAAAUCGAAGGGGCAGGGGGACUGAGUGAUACAUUAAAUAUCUUCCAAAAUUACUUCUGUAAGUAUAAGUCUGCAAACUGCUUUUCACUGUUUUACAGUGAGGACAGGAGGAACAAGAGUUGCAAUGCAGUCAUGCUUGCAUGCAAUCCUUGUUAGGCACAGCAAGUACAAAUAUCAGCUGUUUAAAUGCUUACAUUUUUCUAGAUUUAAAACUAAUCUGAUACAAUACUAGCAUAGUUUAACUUUGGGCUCCCUGUGCCCUUUGAACUGCAGCAAAUUUAAGUGUAAUUUUCAGCUAAGGUACUCUUCUUGUCAUACUUUAUUACUUUGCAGACUACUUGAAAAUAACCAAUACAAAUUUAAAUCAAUUACGUGUUUUUAUGUUGGGCUAUUGCUUUUAUUACAAACUUAUGGAAUGGUGGGGGGCCAUUCAGAAUGGUUUCUGUGGGUGUCUAGUAGACUAAUAUUAUCAUUUGCAAGCUGCUUUUAUUACGAAACUGACAGACUUUAACAUGUUUUUGUUAAUUUUUAACAGUUGUAAAAUGUCACAUCUUCUAGAAUUAUUGAUUUAAAUAAUAAUGAAAAUAUGAAAAUGGUGGCCUUUGUACUGAAAAAUACAGCAUAAAGGAAUAGGAUCAAAAAACUAGAACUCAGACUAACAAAGAAGUAUUAUUUUGCAAUUUGUGUUACCAGGACGUCACUUUUAAAGGAAUUGAAAUAGGAAUCCAAGGAAAAGAAAAAUUGAUAUGGAAACUUCUUGAGGGCUUAGAUAGAAAAUUAUGUUGUUCACUUGAUAAGCCAUUACUGUUUUGCAUAAAACAAACUUAAGCCCUGGAAAAUCUUGGUAAUUAUUCACAAAUCAUUAUUUGUGAAUUAUUCACCAAAAAAAAAGGGAAAAUAGGUCUAACAGGUAAUACAUGCCUGUUAUAUAUACAUAGAAUGAGUUGUACCAGUGAGAAUAAUACUUAUACAUAAAACUGUCUGGGUCCAAAUACUCAGUUCUUCAGUUUUGAAUUAGUAGCUUUGUCUAGUAUCUGGGUUUUCAUCUUAAAAGCAUGAGCUCUUUUGCAAUAAACUUUUUUAAUCUUCAUACACACAUUUUGCCUUAUUUGCAUUUCAGAGAUGGAUGGAGUGCUGUGGUAUUUAACCUGCCGUAGUCACCUUCUUCUCCAUUACAGUUCAUCAAGACAGUUAGCAUGUGUGACUUUCAACUGCUUUUACCAAAUCAAACUAUUUAUACAUUUCCUUUGUUAAGAAAAACAAAUAAUUAUAACUAUUCUUUUAAUCUCCCCUCAUCCUCAGUACAGCCACUGUGUGAAUUCAGGAGGGGACUUAUAAGAGUUUGAACRAAGGGAUGUAAUAUUUAAAUGCAAUUGUGCAAAAGCAAAAUGGGAAAAAAAAAGAAGAUAAAAACCUCAAGAUUGCUAUUAAAGCAUGUAAGCAUUGAUUUAAAUUUUAUUUUUUGCUAUAUGAAACCCCUGUGUACAAAUCAGUGUAGAGUUAGGAUUUCGUAAGGGAAUAAUUUUUUUCAUCUCUUGCCUAAUAGUUGUGUAUUUUAGAGAGAAUUUUCAGUAAUAGAUCUUUUGUCAAGACUGUUUUCAGAUCACAUCUUUGACUCUGGAUUCCUGUAUGAUUUUUGUCUAUUUUGUAUAUAUAAAGCAUAGAAUACUGAAAAGAUUUUAAAAGGGAACGCUGGAAUGCUUUGUCAUUGUUUUGACUGGAAAAUGGCAGCACUGUUCGAUAUUUUGAAAAUGCUCUCCAAAUAGGCAUGAAUAUAUAUGGUUGUAUUUGAUAUCACUUUUUAAAAUAAAUAUAAUUAUAGCUUCUAAUGUUUCUCUCUUAA